AUGUACGAGACUGAGGACCCAGGUCCCGUUCAGGUGAAACUCGAACUCGGCCACCGCGCCCAGUUCCGAAAGAAACCCACGGUGGAAGGCUUCACCCACGACUGGAUGGUGUUCGUGCGAGGACCGGAGCAGAGCAACAUUCAACACUUUGUGGAAAAAGUUGUCUUUCACUUGCACGAGAGUUUCCCCAAACCAAAACGAGUUUGCAAGGAUCCGCCGUACAAAGUGGAGGAGUCUGGCUACGCUGGCUUCAUCUUGCCUAUUGAAGUUUACUUCAGGAAUAAGGAAGAGCCGAAGAAAGUCCGCUUCGACUACGACCUUUUUCUUCACCUGGAGGGCCACCCGCCCGUCAAUCAUCUCCGUUGCGAGAAACUCACCUUCAACAAUCCCACCGAAGAGUUUCGCCGCAAAUUGCUGCGAGCCGGAGGGCAACGGGAUCCACACAAACGCACCUCGGAGGACACAAAAGUGAUGGUCAUGCAGGAGGGGUCGACAUCCUUGUUCGGGCCGCACAUGAAGCUCCCCACGCUUCCCAACAACUCCUUGGGGGCCACUUUCUCCGACCCAAGGAAGAGCAAAAGCUCCCACGGGACCAAGGACGCCUCCAAAGGGAGCGGUCCGACACUCCUCACGACGGCCACAAGCACCAACAGCAGCAACCUCUCCAAACUGCACAAGCCCUCCAAGGACCACAAAGAAAAGCCACCAAAAGACUUGAAAGAGACCAAAAGUGCCUUCAGAGACUCGUGCUGGGAGUCCAGCAAAUCCACAAAAGAACCUUCCAGAAAACCCAAAGAGAACCAGCCACUUCGAAAUAGCAAUCCUAAAAUGGGUUUCAAGGAACCUAAGUCCUUGUCUCACCGAAGCGAGGGGUCCGGAAAGCGCCCGUCCGCCCCCGAUGGGGACAAUAAUGUAACCAAAAAACGCAAAAGGGGAUUCGGGGAUUUGUCCGGGAAGCCUGCGUCCGGCUUGGAUGCGCAACAUUCCGAUAAGAAGCUACUGAAGAUGCAGAGCGGUAAAUUGCACCCGGAGGGCGACGACACGGCGCACCGGAAGAGGUCCGCGCAUCCGUCGUUCCAGGAAGUGGUGGACCCUAACGACUCUGACAUAGAGUCCGCCAAAUCAGACUCGGAACAGCCGAGUCCAGCUAGUUCUAGCUCCAGUUCGGGCUUUGCCCCCACUCACCAAAAACGCCAAGGUAAAGAAUACUUAACCAAACCCCAAGCGUAUCGUACAGUACUUGGCCCGCUGCAGUCGGUCAUGCAGGAUUUCCACUCGGACGACAACGACGACGAUUCGGAGGACGACGACGACCAGGAUUUGGAUUCCGACGCCGCGCACCACCAACACAGGGUCAGUUUGAGUGACGGCAGCGAGAGUGAUCGUUCCGUACCCUCGCCGCCGUUACGCAAUGAUGUCCCAGGAUUAUUAAAGACGACGAGUAAUCAGAUACUGGAAGUGAAGACUCCCAACAAGCAGGACAGAAACAAAAAUGUCGAUUGUGACAAGGCUUACCUCGAUGAGCUAGUGGAACUGCACAAAAGACUGAUGACACUAAGAGAAGGUCACAUACUGCAACAGAUUGUGAACCUGAUCGAAGAGACGGGCCACUUUCACAUCACCAACACUACUUUUGACUUUGACCUGUGCUCCUUGGACAGAAGUACAGUAAGGAAACUCCAGAGUUACCUGGAGAAUUCCGGACUGUUCUGA